AUGUCUUCCAAUUCCGGCAUACCUGACGAUGAUUCUUGGUUUUGGGAGCAACGCAGCGUAUCCUCAUUUGUCAUAUUCUCUGCCAUCUUCAUCAUGCUUUCCUUCUACAGCAUAUUUCAGUGUGUAUUCUAUAGAAACCCUCGCACUAGUUCCUCAAGAAGCCCCACUUCGAGGUCAAGGGGAGAUUUGAACGAGCCAAAUCUUGAUGAUCGUCAUUCUAUACAGAUUCAAGACCGUGCUUUAGAGAUGCGUGUCAUAUCAUCUCUUCCGAUGUCUCAGUUUAAGAAGAAUGAGGCAGAAGAAAAAAGGGGAACCAACAUAGAGUGUGCGAUAUGCUUGGGAGAGUUUGAAGAAGAAGAAUGGGUUAAGAGACUUCCUAGCUGUUCGCAUGUCUUUCAUGUUUCCUGCAUAGAUACAUGGUUUCGCUCUCCUCUCUGUAGAUCUUAUAUCUAUCAUAAUAAUCUCGCUCUGUUUCUUACUACACAUCGCUAG